CAACUGUUGUUAAUUUGAAUUUCUGUAAUGGUCCUGCCCUAACCCCGCAUAAAAUGAUGUCGUCCGAUGAGAAGGAGAAAAAAACCCGCUUCUGUGUGAUGCCACCUUGCGCUGGCGAGCGAUUUAACCUGGUGCAUAAAUUCCCGCGGGAAGAAGACCGAAUGCAGGAGUGGCUGAAGGCUGUUGACCUGCCUCACCUUUACGAUGUGUCCUACGCCAAGCUGCAUUCGUCCUACUUCAUCUGCUCCCGCCACUUCCGCAGGAUUGAUUACAAAAAUGCUUUGUCGCGCCACCUGAACAAAACAGCCGUUCCCUGUCUGAAUUUAAAGGCGCUCGACCGAAUGGAUGAAAUACUGGACACUCGCGUGGGGAACCCUGUUCAGGUCUCCUGCACAGUCCAGCCGGCGGAUGAACGACGACAUUCCCAAUUGGUGGAGGAAGAUAAUUUGGAAGUGCAUCCUGUAAAGUAUCGGAAGAAUAAUGCGGGCAGCAGGUUGGACGCGACCGUUGAGGUGGUAGAGACUUGCGACCCUGAGGAGCUACCGGACGACGUUGAGAAGUUCAUAAUUAUGGACGAAAAACAGUUGGCCGAUCAUCCCACGAUGGAGUAUUGUAGACUAUCUUUGGAGGACUAUCACGAACACGAAAAGGAAACGGAGGAGCAGGAGAAAAAAGAUGGAGAAAGGGUGGACGAACAGGACGAUGCCGAGGAAAGCGUGAUUGUGUACCAACAGGAGGAAGCGAAGAGAAGUCCUAGUGCAGACAUUAUAGUGACCAACGAUGAUCCAAACUCCGACAUUCAGGAUGAAGCAGUACUGCAGAUUCCGGCAAGCGAAAAAGAGUUCGAAAUGUCUGUAGAUCUGCUGGAGAUCAACCACCCUGGCUACAAGGGAAAAUUGCAAUUAGACAAUAUUUGGUUGCGUGACCAUUGUCGCUGCUCGGAGUGUUAUAAUUCGGAAACGCACCAGCGAAAGUUCAAUAUUCUUGACAUCCCUCUGGACGUGAAGCCCUUGGAGACGGAAGUUCAGGACGAAAAGCUUGGAAUUAAAUGGUCUGAUGGACAUGAGUCGCAUUAUGACUUUGAUUUCCUGUACAAGGCACAAUUGGACAAUGCUUCGAGUACAAGUCUUUGUCAAUCAGUUUUUUGGGAUCAGGACAGCGUUCAUCAGUUGGACUAUAGCCGGGUGAAUUUUAAUACGUUCUUAACAGAUGACCAGGUUGCGAAAUCGGUGGUGAAGAGCUUGGUGGAAUUUGGAUUUGCGUUUAUAGAAAAAGUGCCACCGAAUACAAACAUGACAGAAGCAGCGAUAAAACGGCUCUUCCCCAUUCAAAAAACAUUCUUCGGCGAUAUGUGGACAUUCUCCGACGAAAAGGAUCACAGCGAUACCGCUUACACCAAGGAUUAUCUCGGAUCUCACACGGACAACACAUACUGGAACGAUGCAGCUGGCUUGCAAGUGCUCCAUUGCAUAAAGCACUCUGGAUCCGGUGGUGAAACAUUCCUUGUCGAUGGCUUUAAAAUCCUUCAUGAUUUCGAAUUAAAAGACCCAAAAGCCUACAACCGACUGUCGACUAUCAACGUGCCAGCCGAGUACAUAGAAAGCGGGACACAUUACAAGUAUACGGCUCCCAUCAUCCGAUUGGAUCCAAUCACUCGUCGCCCAGAGCAGAUUCGGUAUAACGUCUACGAUCGAGCUGUUUUCAAUACAAUUCCGCAAUCGGAAAUGCAGAAUUUCUACAGAGACUUCCGGAGUUUAGCGGAAGAAGUUAAUCAAGAGGUAAAUCAGUGGCGAUUCAAGUUGAACCCGGGGACUGUUAUGAUAUUCGACAAUUGGCGGGUCCUUCACGGGCGGGAAAGGUAUACAGGCAAGCGGCAGAUUACUGGGUGCUAUGUGGCGCGAUGUGAGUUCCUGAACGUAGCGCGUGUAAUGGGACUGAUUAGCUGACGUAGCUGGAAUUUAGAAAAUCGUGCAAAAAGUAAUUCUAGGCAUUAUACAUGCUAUAUUUUGAAUAAAAUGCAACUACAAAAGUGACUAGAAAAAUGUUUAGUUGAAUGGGAAAAGGACAUUGUCGCGGUGAAUCGCUUGAAGUGGCGUCGUGGAACAUCACGUACAUGUAAACUGGAAGCGUUAGAUCCUCCUCUAACUUGAAGUGCAAGUCAACGCGGUUCCCAAACUCAG